GCACCCGAACAGUUGAAAACAUCCUCGCGCUCGGGAGGGGAUCUAGGAUUUGGAACGAGAAGAGGAAGGGAGACAUCACACACUCUGCUCCACCACCAUGCAGAUACUUGGGCUGCCUUUUUUGCUGUUAUGCCUCAUCUGGGGCCACUCCUGCGCUCUCGGCGGAAAAGUCAACAAGCACAAGCCGUGGAUAGAAACAUCGUACCAUGGCGUGAUCACGGAGAACAUGGACACGGUGCUGCUGGACCCCCCGCUGGUCGCUCUAGACAAGGAUGCCCCGGUCCCAUAUGCUGGGGAGAUUUGCUCCUUUAAGAUUUACGGUCAGGAUGCUCCCUUCGAGGCCGUGGUGUUGAAUCGCACAUCAGGAGAGGGAGUCCUGCGGGCCAGCAGCCCGGUGGACUGUGAGAGCCAGAAAGAGUACACCUUCAUCAUCCAGGCCUACGACUGCGGGGCGGGGCCCAGCGGAGCCGACUGGAAGAAAUCCCACAAGGCGGUGGUUCACAUCCAGGUGGAUGACGUCAAUGAGUUCAGCCCUGUGUUUCGGGAGCCACUUUACAAGGCAUCUGUUACAGAGGGCAAAAUCUACGACAGCAUUUUGCAGGUGGAAGCUUGGGACCAAGACUGUUCACCACAGUACAGCCAGAUCUGCAUCUAUGAGAUUGUCACUGCAGGAACGCCAUUUGCUAUCGACCGCAAUGGUAACAUCAGAAACACAGAGCGGCUGAGCUAUGACAAGCAGAAGAGCUACAAGAUCAUGGUGACGGCCUUUGACUGCGGUCAGAAGAGAGCAAAGGAGGAUGUGGCUGUGCAUAUUGAUGUGAAGCCUGUCUGCAAACCUGGUUGGCAAGGUUGGAACAAGCGCGUGGACUACGAGCCAGGGACUGGAAGCAGGCAGCUGUUUCCCAAGAUGCACUUGGAAACGUGCGGAGGUCUCCUGUCUGGAGUAAAAGCGAUGGUAGAGCUCCAGACCAAUCACAUCGGGAAGGGCUGCGAUCGGGAAACAUACUCUGAGAAGUCUCUGCAGAAACUGUGUGGAGCAGCGUCAGGCAGCACCGACCUACUUCCUGCCUCCAGCCCUGCCACAAACUGGACAGCGUCUCUGCUGACUGACAGCGGCCGGGACAGCGAUCUCAUCUACAGGUUCGAGGGACGUCAGGCUGCUAAUGUCCCGGACCACGUGGUGCCCCAAAACCUCACAGACCAGUUCACCAUAGCAACAUGGAUGAAGCACGGUCCCAGUCCGGGCCUCAGAGCGGAGAAGGAAACCCUGCUGUGUAACUCUGACAAGACUGAGAUGAACCGCCAUCAUUACUCUCUGUACGUCCACAACUGCCGCCUGGUGUUCCUGCUCAGAAGAGAUUUCACCCAGGUCGACACUUUCAGACCUGCCGAGUUCCACUGGAAACUGGAGCAGAUCUGUGACAAGGAAUGGCACUACUAUGUGAUCAACGUGGAGUUCCCUGCAGUCACACUAUUUGUGGAUGGUGUUACCUAUGAACCCUAUCUGGUGACGGAUGACUGGCCGAUCCAAACAGCAAAGAUUGAUACGCAGCUGACUGUGGGCGCCUGCUGGCAAGGGGGUGAGGUAGGGACCCCGAAGUUCACCCAGUAUUUCCGUGGCAGCCUGUCAGGUCUGACAAUCCGACCGGGCCGCAUCGAAACCCAGAAGGUUAUUUCCUGUUUGCAGGCUUGCAAAGAAGGCCUUGAUAUUAACUCCCUGGAAAGCCUCGCCAAGGACAUCAAGUUCCAUUUUAACCCCGCUCAGUCCGUGCUGGUGGUGGAGGGAGAGGAUCUGGACAGCAUCAACACAGCCAUGACCAAGGUCUCCUACAUUAACUCUCGCCAGUUCCCUACAUCAGGCCUUCGACGGCUGCACAUCACCACCACAGUACAGUGUUUCGGUGAGGACACUUGUCUCUCCAUCCCAGACAUCAAGUCAGUGGUUAUGGUCCUGCCGCCUAGUGAACCGAGGAUCACCAUCUCAGGAUCUAAUCGGCUCGUCAGGCCUGGCGCUGACCUGCGGGGCCCGCUGGGUGUGGCCCCCUUCAAAGAGCUUCAAAUCACCAGCACGGUGAUGAAAGGAGACAGCUUCGGCGGAUCUCGCAGACCAGGUGUGAUGGAGUUGAUGCAUAACCUGGACUACUGCGACGUUCUGGUGAUUGGGGACGAGCUGAAUCCUGAGAGAGAGAGUCUGGAGAUUCAUCACAGCGCUUUGUUGGGAAAACACCUGGAUGCCACCAACUCCACCUCUGGAAUAUCAAUAUAUGGUGUGGACUCCAUGGCCCACUACGAGCAGGCGCUGAGGCAGCUGCGCUACAGGAACCAGCACCCUGUCACCCUGAGUGAGAGGAGGUUCAGACUCACCUGCUCCGAGCUCAACGGACGAUACACCAGCAACGAGUUCAACCUGGAGGUCAGUGUCCUUCACCACUCAGCACCUGUGGAGCAUGUCAAUCACAUGGCUGCCCAAGCUCCGUUCAUGAGACCGGUCCAUCACCCUCUCAUGAUACACACUCUCAACUCACACAUGUCAGGAUCAGCGCCUCCAGCAGCCACAGCUGUUAUCGUGGUGUGUAUCGCCGCCCUGGUGGUGAUCGUGGUGAUCGGCGUGUACAGGAUCCACGCCACGCAUCAGGAGGGGUCCAGAGAGGACGAGGAGGAGGUCAAAGAGACUGAGGAAGACUGGGACAACUCUGCACUCACCAUCACUGUCAACCCCAUGGAGAACCUCGGAGGAGCUCAGGCACGUGAUGCAGAGGUAAAAGAAGAAGACCGUGAGGAGGAAGAGGAAGAGGAGGAGGAGGAGGAGGAACAGGUGGGAGGCAUGACGAGUGCCGAGUCAGACAGCAGUGAUGAAGAUGAAGAGGGGGGAGAGGAAGAAGAGAGAGAAAAGGUGGAAGAGAGGAAGCAGAAGGGAAAACUAGAGUGGGACAGUUCCUCCAUAACGUACUGACCACACACACAUAAACACAUAUCUGCACAUUAAAACACACUUUACAUGCCCAUCGCUCUCACACACACACACACACACACACACACACACGCACGCACACACACACACA